AUGGGCGGAGAGGUGCGCGUGCUGCUACUCCUGGGCCUGCUGCACUGGGUUGGGGGCAGCGAGGGCAGGAAGACCUGGCGGCGCCGUGGCCAGCAGCCUCCCCAGCCGCCGCCCCCGCCGCCGCCCCCGCAGCGGGCUGAGGUGGCGCCGGGCGCCGGGCAGCCGGUGGAGAGCUUCCCGCUGGACUUCACGGCCGUGGAGGGCAACAUGGACAGCUUUAUGGCGCAAGUCAAGAGCCUAGCACAAUCCCUGUACCCCUGCUCUGCGCAGCAGCUCAACGAGGAUCUGCGCCUUCACCUCCUACUGAACACGUCGGUGACCUGCAAUGACGGCAGCCCCGCCGGCUACUACUUGAAGGAGUCCAAAGGCAGUCGGCGGUGGUUACUCUUUCUGGAAGGCGGCUGGUAUUGCUUCAACCGUGAGAACUGCGACUCCAGAUACAGCACUAUGCGGCGUCUCAUGAGCUCCAAAGACUGGCCGCACACACGCACAGGUACUGGGAUUCUAUCCUCCCAGCCAGAGGAGAACCCUCACUGGUGGAAUGCCAAUAUGGUCUUCAUCCCCUACUGCUCCAGUGACGUUUGGAGUGGGGCUUCACCCAAGCCUGAGAAGAAUGAGUACGCCUUCAUGGGCUCCCUCAUCAUCCAGGAGGUGGUGCGGGAGCUGCUGGGCAAGGGACUGAGUGGGGCAAAGGUGCUGCUGUUGGCUGGGAGCAGCGCUGGGGGCACCGGGGUGCUGUUGAAUGUAGACCGUGUGGCCGAGCUGCUGGAGGAGUUGGGCUACCCAUCCAUCCAGGUGCGGGGCCUGGCUGACUCAGGCUGGUUCCUAGACAACAAACAGUAUCGCCGAUCAGACUGCAUCGAUACUAUCAACUGCGCACCCACAGAGGCCAUCCGCCGUGGCAUCAGGUACUGGAACGGCAUAGUCCCAGAGCGCUGUCAGCGCCAGUUCAAGGAAGGCGAGGAAUGGAAUUGCUUCUUUGGCUACAAAGUAUACCCGACUCUGCGCUGUCCAGUGUUCGUGGUACAGUGGCUUUUCGACGAGGCCCAACUGACUGUGGAUAAUGUACAUCUCACGGGGCAGCCAGUUCAGGAGGGUCAGUGGCUGUACAUCCAGAAUCUGGGCCGAGAACUGCGUGGCACGCUCAAGGAUGUGCAGGCCAGCUUUGCCCCCGCCUGCCUCUCACACGAGAUCAUCAUCCGGAGCUACUGGACGGAUGUCCAGGUGAAGGGGACCUCACUGCCCCGGGCACUGCACUGCUGGGAUCGAAGCUUCCAUGACAGCCAUAAGGCCAGCAAAACCCCCAUGAAGGGCUGCCCCUUCCACCUGGUAGACAGUUGCCCCUGGCCCCACUGCAAUCCCUCCUGCCCUACCAUCCGGGACCAGUUCACAGGGCAAGAGAUGAACGUGGCACAGUUCCUUAUGCACAUGGGCUUUGAUGUGCAGACGGUGGCUCAGCAGCAGGGCAUGGAGCCCAGCAAGCUGCUGGGGAUGUUGAGUAGUGGGAACUAGACUGCUUGGAGGAAGAGACGGCACAGAGGGGCUGCUCCACUUGCUGUCCCAGUGUGGAUGCCUGACUGUGUUCUCCCACUGCCUUCAGGAGGCCUGGCCAGAAGAGUGGUGUUCUCUGAGCCCUGCCACAACUUGGGGGACCCUUCCCACUCCACAUCUGUUUCCCUAGCCCCCAGCCCAGUUUGGGGAGGGAGCCAGGGCAAAGCAAGCACUGGAUUCCUGAGCCCAUCAGCUCAGA